AUGCCUCCGAAGCGCUCUACACGAUCCACGACGUCGCCCUCCACCGUAGCGUCUACGUCUGCGUCUGCGUCUGCAUCUGCAUCUGCAUCUGCGUCUGCGCCUGCGCCUGCGUCUAGACAUGAAACAGAAGAACCCCACGGCUAUGAAUUUGGAGGCCCUGUUGGCGCGUCGUUGAUCUCUUUUGGACUGCCCAUCGGCUGCUAUGCCUUCGCUUUCCUUUGCAACGACGUCUCGGGCUGUCCACCACCUUCGCUUUUGACACCCAGCAAGCUGUUUUCUGCGCCGUUGCUCUCUAACAAGCCUUCGUGGCAGCAUGCACUCGAUACGCUGGCAGCUGAAGUCGGAUGGCCGGGUUGGACCGGCUUAAUCAAUAUCGAGGCCAUCCUCGGCACGCUGUUCUGGUACUUCCUGUCUCUGCUGCUCUAUGUUCUGCUCCCAGCGCAAGAGGUUGAAGGAACAGAGCUCAGGACCGGUGGCAGACUGAAGUAUCGCUUCAACUCUUUCCUGUCUGCCGUCACCGUCAUGAUCGUAUGCGCCGCCGGUACUUGGCUCCGAGGACCUGAUUUCCAGGUUUGGACAUUCAUCAACCGCAACUAUAUCCAGCUCCUCACCUGCAACAUCAUAAUCUCCUAUGCGCUGGCGACCUUCGUCUACGCCAAAUCAUUCCAGGUCAAGCCUGGCAAUCAAGACAAGAGAGAGCUGGCGGCUGGCGGUCACAGUGGAAACCUCAUAUACGAUUGGUACAUCGGACGCGAGCUCAAUCCUCGUGUGGAGCUUCCCUUCUUUGGCGAGAUCGACAUAAAGAGCUUCAUGGAGCUGCGUCCCGGAAUGCUGGGCUGGAUCAUGCUCAACCUGGCGUUCAUGGCAAAGCAGUACAAGAGCUAUGGCUAUGUCACAGAUUCUAUGCUCGUGGUCAACUUCGCGCAAGCUUUCUACGUCUUCGAUGCACUUUACAUGGAGCCGGCAAUUCUCACAACAAUUGACCUAAUCCAGGAUGGAUUUGGCUUCAUGUUAGCUUUUGGCGACCUCGCCUGGCUUCCAUUCGUCUACAGCAUACCAGCGAAAUAUCUCAGUGUCCAUCCAGUUGUUCUUGGCCCCUUCUAUUUGGUCCUCAUUCUCGCUAUUCAAGCCUUUGGAUACUACAUCUUCCGUGCAGCCAACAGCGAGAAAAAUCGCUUUCGAACGGAUCCUAACGACCCAAGUGUUGCCCAUCUGGAGUAUAUCGAGACUAAGACCGGCUCGAGGCUGCUCACGACCGGAUGGUGGGGCACAGCGAGGCACAUCAACUAUCUUGGUGACUGGGUCAUGAGCUGGGCAUACUGCUUACCUACCCUUGCAGCAGGGUAUAAGCUGACUCCAACAGUCUUGUUUGAGGGGACGAGAUUGGUAACAACGGACGGCAUGAAAGGCUACGCGAUUCCCAUCACCUACUUCUACAUGCUGUACUUCGCAAUUUUGCUCAUCCAUCGUGAGCGCAGGGAUGAAGCAAAGUGCAAGCGGAAGUACGGCGCAGAUUGGGACAAGUACUGUGAGAAAGUGAGGUGGAGGAUAGUGCCAGGCAUAUAUUAG